GGCAGAAGGACAAGAAAUAGCAGUGAAAAGACUUUCGAAGAGUUCUGGUCAAGGAUUGAACGAGUUCAAAAAUGAAGUUAUAUUAAUAGCUAAACUUCAACACCGCAAUCUCGUCAAGCUUCUUGGGUGCUGCAUCCAUGAAGAUGAAAAAAUGUUAAUAUAUGAAUACAUGCCUAACAAAAGUUUGGACUUCUUUAUUUUUGACCAGACAAGAAGAAAAUUACUGGAUUGGAGCAAGUGCAUGAACAUUAUUGUUGGAAUUGCUCGAGGGCUUCUUUAUCUCCACCAAGACUCCAGGCUGAGAAUAAUCCAUAGAGAUAUCAAAGCCAGCAACAUUUUACUAGAUAAUGAGCUAAACCCAAAAAUUUCAGACUUUGGCCUUGCUAGAAUGUUUCGUGGAGAUCAAACGGAGGCCAAUACUCAUAGGGUGGUUGGAACAUAUGGCUACAUGUCUCCUGAGUAUGCAUCAAAUGGACACUUAUCUGUGAAAACCGAUGUCUUUAGCUUUGGUGUCCUAGUCCUGGAGAUAGUGAGUGGAAACAAAAACAGGGGAUUUCGUCACCCGGACCAGACCCUCAACCUUCUUGGGCAUGCAUGGAUACUUUGGAUUAAAGGGACACCCUUGGAAUUGAUCGAUGAAUGCUUGGCCAACUCUAGCAAUGUGUCUGAAGUGCUAAGAUGCAUUCAUGUGGCUUUAUUAUGUGUGCAACAACGACCCGAAGAUAGGCCAAACAUGCCGACUAUUGUUCAAAUAUUAGGCAAUGAGAAUCCAUUGCCUCAGCCUAAACAGCCUGGAUUUUUCAUCGGAAGAAACCCACUUGAGCAGGAUACUUCAUCUAACCGGAACAAUGUUUACUCAGCAAAUGAAGCUAGUUUGACAUCAUUAGAGGCACGGUAACUCAUCCCUUGAAAAUUAAAGUAAAAGAGAGAGAUCAGACUAAGUCAAUCAAUAAGAUUUCAUGGUUUCAGCAAUUCUAUUUGCUGAUAUCCAAUCUUGUUUUCUACCGGUUCAACCGUUCCAAAAUGGCAUGAU